UUACUAUAAAUUAAAAUUGUUGUUUUAAUUAGUUAAAUAUUUAUAAAGAAAAAAUAAAUAAAUUAUGAAUAAUAUAAAAUAUUUAUGUACAUUUUUAUGCCUGAUAUUUUCAAUUGUUCAAGCCUUACCAUUGCAAUCAAACUUUACCUGUCCGGCCGAUGACGACUGUAGCGAUAGCUUAUGUAUGUAUCUGAAUAAAGACGACUGUUCAACAUUUUGGCACUGCGGAGCCGAUAAGGUAGCUGUGCUCAAACAUUGUCUACCGUUGCUCGAGUUUAACGACUAUUUCAAAGUAUGCGACUGGCCGUCGGAGUUGACAUGUGUUGAGGCCAACCCUAAACCUACGACUACUACUACUACUACUACCACUACUACAGUACAACCGACUACAGAAGUUACUGAUGAACCGAUUACGGUAACAACAACAACAACGCCGGACCCGACAGAUGAUCCCAUAACCACUACAUUGUCACCGGAGACCACAACAGAUAGUUUUUAUUGGAAAUAAUAAUAAAAAAGUUAUAUUUAUUUUUAUAGUUUAGGUAUUUUUAAUUAAA